CAGGUACACAUGUCUGCGCCGUCACUAUGGCUGCAAGAGACGCGAGAUGGUGGUGAGACCUUGCUUGAAUAUAAUUAGACAAUAAAAUAUCCAUUAUACUUCUUUUCCGACGUUGACUUGUCCAAUAACAUGCGAAACUGCGUAUGUUAUUUCCAUAUUAGGCGCCGUUUUAUUAACUAGUGGCACUGAAACGAAGAGGAUUAACAGGAGAACCCAAUGAGAACCCAUUUUCCUUCAUUCAGGCUUGGCUUGAAUUAACGUUAAAUUUAUUUGUGUACCACGCGCAAAUACAUGGUAAAUAAUAAUGUCUGGGAUUAAUUAAUGUCAGUGUUUUGUAACUGAAAAAAAAGAAGCAUACUUCAACUUGAACCAGGCUGGACAUUGCGCUAAAAUCCGAUUUAACCGUAGUGUUGGUUUGAACAGCACCGUCCUAAUUCUCUAACGUUACUAGUCUCAAGAAUCUCUCAGGAUUUACAAUUGCCCAUUUAUUUUGAACUGAUUUCCAAUCUACAUCCCUACAACAUCCCUACUUUUUAAACAUGGCGAAAAUGUACCACAAAGAGAAAAGCAUUCCGAUAAAGAGCAGCGCGUCUGCGCUCUAUAACAACCUGAGCGUCCUGCGCAUCGCGCCGCGCUGCCUCACCUAUUUCACCGUGGUCCACGCCAACGUGGUAAACAUGGUCAGUGCCUCCUGGGACGGCCUGAACUAUUCCCACCGACAGCUACAAUCUAAAGAGGGUAAUAUGACCACUAGCUCCUCACUCAUCAUGCAGGCAGCCUGGUGUGCCCUGCCCGCGAGAGAUCUUCUAGUUCUCACUUCUCAGAAAGGAAUUCAGAUGUAUGAAUCAGAUGGAUCGAUAAUGGUCUAUUGGCAUGCCCUGGACACACCAGAGACCCCCACAGCUAAGGCAGUGUUUGCCCGAGGGAUUGCAGCAGUGCGGGAAAAAUUCAUUUGUGUAGGGGUCUCAUCUGGCUCAGUGCUGGUGUUCGACGUUCCCAGUAAAGGCAGUAACAUCACCCUGUCUGAAGUUUUGGAGGAACACAAAGAGGCCAUUACAGACAUGGCAUCUGAGUGCUCAGGAAGUCUGGAGUGCAUUGCUGAUUUAGUAAGCGCUGAUGACUCUGGCCUCCUCUGUGUGUGGAAAUCAGGAGAGGAUUUUCAACUUCUCAACAAGAUCCCUGGUUUUGACACAAGUUGUUCUUCAGUAAAACUGUGGAAGGGCACAGUCAUUGCAGGCUAUGGGACAGGACAGAUCCGUCUGUAUGAGGCGGUCACGGGUAUACUGCAUGCAGAGGUCAAUGCUCAUGCACGCUGGAUCUACACACUGGACAUUGCCCCAUUCACUGGCCUGCUGCUCUCUGCAGCAGAAGACUCUUGGGUUAGAGUGUGGCAUCUGAGCUUGACCCCAGAGACUAACAGUGUAGAGAUCGAGCACAUGUACAAUGAGUGUGUGACUGACACGCAGAUCUGUGGAGCCAAGUUCUGUGAUGGGGACGGCUACGCAUUUGCAGUGACCGGCUAUGACUUGAGUGAGAUCAUCCGCUACACGCAAGCCUAAUCAGCAAUACAUCAUGCAAAGUCAUGUCUUGGCAAAAUAUUGGUGAAUAAAUUGGUGCAUGAUAGGCAGAGUCAGGGGGCAGAGAAUGUUUUCGUAAAACCAAAUACACUAUCUGAAAUUGCUUAAAAAGCCCCACUUGAACACCAAGAGGCUGUGUUAAGUAUAUCUACAUGACUGACAGUUGUAAUGAAUACAAAAAAAUACAUUUUUUGUACUCAGACAUAACAAACGAGAAUCUAGGUAGAGAAGUAUCAAUGUAAACAAAUGUUAGAAGAGGUAGUUCUGUUUUUUUUUUUUUUUUUUUUUUGUUCCUUGUAUAAUUUAUUUAGUAAAGGUAUUUACUAAAGUGUUACUGAAAAAAAUGCAUUUUACCUCAAUGAAAAAUUUGAGGUCCGCAAUUGAAUCAAAUGGAAUGUGAUCAUAUUUGUGUUUCAGAAUAUCAAAAUAUAUAAAUAUAAAAUAUAUUUUAUUUAAUGUGCAAUAUUAUAAAUAUUGCAGAGGCUAUAAUGUUCUUUAUAUUUGUCAAAAUAGCCUUUGAAAUACUCACAUUGUAUCUAGAUAGUUAUUUCAACUUGUAAAAGCAAAUAUUUUAUAUUUUUGUCGGUUUCAUUGUAAGAAAUUGUCAGUGACAGUUCAGGAAACUAUUAAAAAAUAAAGAAAUAGGUUUCACUCA